GUAGAUAUAUCUAGAACCUUCCACCUCUCGCUAGAAAAAAUCCAUUUGCCUUUCGGCCCAUAAAACCCUAAACCCCUGAACGUGGAAAGUUCCUGUACUCGCUACUCUCCAUUUCUGGGUUUUUUUUUUUCAUCCCCAAAAGCUACAAGUUGAUCUGAUUAUUCAUGGCCGCCGCAGCUCUUCUCCGCUCAAUACGACGCCGGGACGUCGCCUUCGCCCCUCUGUCAGCAUAUAAAUGCUUGACCGGCAAUGCCAAGACAUCGCGGGGUCCUUCUUACAUAGGGAACAACUGGACAACUUUGUGCAGAGCUUUCAGUUCAAAACCUGCUGGGAAUGAUGUCAUUGGUAUUGACUUGGGUACCACCAACUCUUGUGUUGCAGUCAUGGAGGGAAAGAAUCCCAAAGUUAUUGAGAAUGCCGAAGGUUCUCGAACGACACCAUCUGUUGUAGCAUUUAACCAAAAGGGAGAGCUUCUAGUUGGUACACCAGCCAAACGUCAAGCUGUCACUAACCCAACAAAUACGGUAUUUGGAACCAAGCGUCUAAUUGGUAGGCGUUUUGAUGAUCCUCAGACGCAGAAAGAAAUGAAGAUGGUCCCAUACAAGAUAGUUAGAGCUCCCAAUGGGGAUGCAUGGGUUGAAGCAAAUGGCCAACAAUAUUCUCCCAGCCAAAUUGGUGCAUUUGUUCUGACCAAGAUGAAAGAAACUGCGGAGGCUUAUCUUGGAAAGGCAGUUACAAAAGCUGUCAUCACAGUCCCAGCUUACUUCAAUGACGCGCAAAGACAAGCAACAAAAGAUGCAGGGAGAAUUGCAGGCCUUGAUGUGCAGAGGAUCAUCAAUGAGCCCACUGCUGCUGCCCUUUCCUAUGGUAUGAACAACAAGGAGGGUCUGAUUGCGGUGUUUGAUCUUGGUGGUGGCACAUUCGAUAUUUCAAUAUUGGAGAUCUCAAAUGGGGUUUUUGAGGUGAAAGCUACAAAUGGUGAUACAUUCUUGGGAGGAGAAGACUUUGAUAAUGCUUUGUUGGACUUCUUAGUUAAUGAAUUUAAGAGAACUGAGGGCAUUGACCUUUCAAAGGAUAGGCUCGCAUUGCAGAGGCUCCGAGAAGCUGCUGAGAAGGCCAAAAUUGAACUCUCAUCAACGUCCCAAACUGAAAUCAACCUACCUUUUAUUACAGCAGAUGCUUCUGGUGCGAAGCAUUUGAAUAUCACUCUUACCAGAUCAAAGUUUGAGAGUUUGGUAAAUGACCUGAUAGAGAGGACUAAGAAUCCAUGCAAGAACUGUCUAAAAGAUGCUGGCAUCUCUACUAAGGAAGUUGAUGAGGUUCUUCUUGUUGGAGGAAUGACCCGUGUACCUAAGGUACAAGAAGUAGUGAUGGAGAUAUUUGGUAAGACGCCCAGUAAAGGAGUCAAUCCAGAUGAGGCUGUUGCUAUGGGAGCUGCAAUACAAGGUGGCAUUCUCCGUGGUGAUGUUAAAGAGUUGCUUCUCUUGGAUGUGACCCCCCUAUCACUUGGUAUUGAAACACUGGGUGGAAUCUUUACUAGGCUUAUCAACAGAAACACCACAAUUCCUACGAAGAAGAGCCAGGUAUUCUCAACUGCAGCUGACAACCAGACUCAAGUUGGUAUCAAGGUGCUUCAAGGUGAACGAGAAAUGGCAACUGAUAACAAGCUCCUGGGAGAAUUUGAGCUUGUUGGUAUUCCACCAGCUCCUAGAGGCAUGCCUCAGAUUGAAGUAACUUUUGACAUUGAUGCCAAUGGAAUUGUCACCGUCUCCGCCAAGGACAAGUCUACUGGAAAAGAACAGCAGAUUACAAUCAGGUCAUCUGGAGGAUUGUCAGAAGAUGAGAUUGAGAAGAUGGUUAAGGAAGCGGAAACAUUUGCCCAGAGGGAUCAAGAAAGAAAAGCUUUGAUUGACAUUAAGAACAGCGCAGACACCACCAUCUACAGCAUAGAGAAGAGCUUGGAUGAAUAUAGAGACAAGAUUCCCAGCGAAGUUGCAAAAGAAAUAGAGGAUGCUGUGGCAGAUGUGAGGAAGGCGAUGGCAGGAGAAAAUGUAGACGAGAUCAAGUCCAAGAUUGAUGCCGCCAACAAAGCUGUCUCUAAGAUUGGACAGCACAUGGCUGGUGGUUCCAGUGGCGGUCCCACAGCAGGAGGAUCACCAGGCGGGGACCAGGCUCCCGAGGCAGAAUAUGAGGAGGUGAAGAAGUGAGAGAUUGAUUAUAGGCUGUAGGCAGCAGCUUUGUUAAUGGUUCCUUUGAAACAGGCUGCGAACUGCAGCUAAAAAUGACCUACUUUUAUAUUGCACGUCGGUAUGACAUGUUCUUGCGGUUCCUUGUAAGUAAAUCUUGGAGGCUGAAUGUAUUAGGAAUUCAAAUACCUUCCCCAUAUGUGGUUGAGCUUUCCAAUCUUGUUGUGCACAUUUUUAGGCGUGUGCUGUCUCACUCACGUUUACAUUACCAUUUAGAAACUGGAUUUGUAAGCCAUGAUGUAGGGAAUUUGUGCACUUUGAUCCUGAUUGCAUACUUGCAUGGAAUAAUGCAAUAUUAUUUCUGAAA